UUACAUUAUUAUUAUUAUUUAUAAUAUUAUUAUUGUGCAAUUAAUGCAAAAGAUGUGAAAUUAUUGAAUUGGUUGAAAACCAGAAUGUGCAAUAGUAAUUUCUGUACAAUAUAUCCGCAAUUGUAGUGCCUAAGUGUGUUACUUGAAACCAAACAACAAUAAUGAAAAUUUAACAACAAGAAGAAAAAUUAAUUGAAAAGAUAAAUAAGAGAUAUACUCGGGGAGCGUGUCAUUUAAUUGAUUUUAAGGAUUUCCCAAUGCAAAGUAAAUUGAAAACCUCGUCAACAUCAACGUCAACGUCAUCGUUACCGUCGUCGCAGUUGUCGUCGUGUGAGGAUUAAUGCUGCAGAUUAUUUAUAUAUAUGUCCAUACAUAUACCGAUAUAUAAGAAGUAUCCCGGUGUCAUCUGGAACAUCUCAUAUAUCGCUCUUGUGGCCUGUGUGGCACGUUUGACGAAUGCGGCUUAAAUUUAAUUGAAACGCGCGUCUAAAUCUGAAAACACAAAACUCAAAUCCCGUAGCAAAACCCAAAACAACAGAAACGAAAUUUAAUUUCGCAACAGUCCACAAAACUGAAUCAACAGUUUUACAAGCAAAUAUAUAUAAAUAUAUAUAUAUUUAUUCUCAGAAAUCAGAAACCAAAGUUCCAACUUUAUUUUAUACAACUUGAAGUUGAUAUAAAGAAAAAAAAAAUAUACAUAUAAUAAAAAAAAAAAUAAAAUAUAUACGGGCUACGCUUAUCUUUAGCCGCCCGGAUAAAGAGUGUGAACCACAACAACAACAACAAGAAAUAUAAUAAUUACAACCACAACAACAAACAGUGAUAGUAAAAACAACAAAAUGGUGGUUUUAGAAACUGCCAGCGCCCUUUUAGGCGGACCCUACGCCCAGGGUGCCCCCGCCCUAAAAAUGGUGCAAAAACGUUACAUUGGAUUACAUCAAUGGCUGGGACCAAUACGCAAAGAGCUAAAGGAGCAUAUUGUAGGUGACAAUGUAAGUGACGACGUGCUUUCGUUUGCUUUGAGUCAGAAUCAACAACUCUUUCGGUCACAGAAUCCGGGCUUAGCGGCUGCGGCCGCUGCAGCCACAUCGGCAGCAAGUGCAGCGGCUGCAGCCGGCGCUGCGCCACCAGGUGCACCCAAUGGCACAAUGCAGGCAUCGCAGCAGCAGCAGCAGCAACAACAGCAACAACAAAUGCAAAUGGCGGCCGCAUCGCAACAGUUUUUGGCCGCACAACAGGCACAACAGAAUGCGGCAUAUGCGGCACAGCAGGCGGCACCGUAUGUUAUCAAUCCGGGACAGGAGGCGACACCGUAUCUGAGCAUGAUUGCUGCCGCUCAAAUGCCGCAGUAUUACGGCGUUGCGCCCUGGGGCAUGUACCCAGGCAAUCUGAUACCACAGCAGGGCACACAACCUCGUCGCCCCCUCACGCCCUCGCAACAGGGUGCUGAGAAUCAACCGUAUCAGGUCAUACCGGCCUUCUUCGAUCAGAGCGGUUCGCUUGUGAUGGGACCACGCACCGGUACGCCCAUGCGUCUGGUUAGCCCCGCCCCCGUUUUGGCGGUGCCACCGGGUGCCGCUCGUGCCGGACCGCCGCCACCGCAAGGCCCACAAUUGUAUCCACCACAGCCGCAAACGGCCCAACAGAAUCUCUACUCACAGCAGAAUGGUUCCAGUGUCGGAGGCCUUGCAUUGAACACAAACUCAUUGACUGGUCGUCGCGACUCCUUUGAUCGCACCACAUCCGCCUUUAGCCCCUCGGCCAUGGACUACACCAGCAGCAGCGUUGCAGCAGCCGCCAAUGCGGUGAACAGUAGCGUUGCCCAAGCAGCUGCCGCAGCAGCGGCCGCAGCACGUGUCAAGUGGCCCGGAGCCAUGUCGAAUGCCAGCGCAUAUGGAGCAUUGGGAGCAGGUGGAGUUAAUGCAUCGGCCAGUCCAUUGGGUGCACCACUGACACCGCCACCGUCGGCCCAGUCUUGUCUAAUGGGUGGCAAUCGGGCGCCGGGUGCCGAGUCGCGUCAACGUCAACAGAUGGCAGCGGUGGGUCUGCCGACAACAGCGGCAGCAGCUCAGGCAGCGGUUGCAGCGGCGGCCAACAAUAUGUUUGGAUCGAACAGUUCGUUGUUCUCGAACCACUUGGCCUUGCCGGGCACCACACCCGCUGCGGUUGCCGCUGCAGUUGCCAACUCGCGGCAGGUGGUCGCUGCUGCUGCGGUGGCAGCUGCCGCUGCCGGUGCCGCCGCUGGGGCACCACAGCCAGGCAGAUCGCGACUGCUCGAAGAUUUUCGCAAUCAACGUUAUCCGAACUUGCAGCUACGCGAUCUGACCAAUCACAUUGUGGAGUUCUCACAGGAUCAGCAUGGCUCGCGAUUCAUUCAACAGAAACUGGAACGUGCAACCUCCGCUGAGAAACAGAUGGUCUUCAAUGAAAUACUCGGCGCUGCCUACAGCCUGAUGACCGAUGUCUUUGGCAACUAUGUCAUACAGAAGUUCUUCGAGUUCGGCACCCCAGAGCAAAAGAAUACUUUGGGCAUGCAGGUCAAGGGUCAUGUAUUACAGCUGGCGCUACAGAUGUACGGCUGUCGGGUGAUUCAGAAGGCGCUGGAGAGCAUCUCGCCGGAACAGCAGCAGGAGAUCGUUCACGAACUGGACGGACAUGUGCUGAAGUGCGUCAAGGAUCAGAAUGGAAAUCAUGUGGUCCAGAAAUGCAUUGAAUGCGUCGAUCCCGUUGCCCUACAGUUUGUUAUCAAUGCAUUCAAGGGUCAGGUGUAUUCGCUGAGCACACAUCCCUAUGGCUGUCGGGUCAUCCAACGCAUUCUCGAGCACUGCACAGCCGAGCAAACAACGCCAAUACUGGAUGAACUUCAUGAGCAUACCGAACAGCUCAUCCAAGACCAAUAUGGCAAUUAUGUCAUACAACAUGUGCUAGAGCACGGCAAACAGGAGGAUAAGUCUAUACUGAUCAACAGUGUGCGUGGCAAGGUUCUGGUGCUAUCUCAGCACAAGUUUGCCUCCAAUGUGGUGGAGAAGUGUGUGACACAUGCCACACGUGGCGAACGCACCGGCCUCAUCGAUGAGGUCUGCACAUUUAAUGACAAUGCCUUGCACGUGAUGAUGAAAGAUCAGUAUGCCAAUUAUGUGGUGCAAAAGAUGAUUGAUGUUUCGGAGCCGACGCAGCUGAAGAAGCUAAUGACCAAGAUAAGACCACACAUGGCUGCAUUGCGCAAAUACACCUACGGCAAGCAUAUCAAUGCCAAACUGGAAAAGUACUACAUGAAGAUAACCAAUCCGAUAGCUGCCGGUUCGGCUGGUGUUGGUGGUGGUGCUGGCAGUGCCAGUACAGCGACCACAACAGUUGCCAGCAGCUCCAGUGUUGUCUCCAUGAGCGGUGGGGUAACAUCCUCAUCCGCUUCAUCGACUUCGGUGUCCGCAACAGCAACAACAACAACUACCAACAGCAUUGCAUCGCCCACUACAUGUGCGGUGCAGGAGAAUGGCAGCGUAAUAAUGGCCGAGCCCACAUCGCCAGCCACCUCGGAGUCAUCUGCCUCGGUGUUGGCCUCAGUGAACAAUGGCCUCGGUCCCAUUGGACCGCCAACAACAGCCAAUGGUGUGCUGUAAAUUGAUUAUCGAAUUUUAGUUUUUAGUCUCUGCAUGAAGAAUAUUAAAAAAGGAAGGAGAUGAUAUAGGAAGAAGAAGGCGGAAGGAAAGCUUGGGAAAGCAAAGCGAAUGCAUACUAUAUAAAUAUUAAUAAUAUACAUAUAUCUAUAUAUAUAUAAUAAUAACUAUAAUGUAAUUUAUUUAUAAACACGCAGAAAACAAACUGCAGACACACAUACGCCACACACACAAACAACCGACCUAAACGGAUUCAAAGAAAUGAAAGAUAUAAAAAAAAGUGAAAGAGUAAAAGAAAGGUCGGCUCAAACAUUGAGAGCAAUCGAUAAUUUGUAUAUUCAAUUGUUAAAUGCUUUUUUAAAGUGCAUAACACAAGUAGACACACCCACAUACACAUAUAAUCACUCGAUGAGCAACAAGUUUGCUUUCAAUUUUGAUAUAUUUGUUGCUAAAAUUUGUCACAUCAAUUUUGUGAGCUUUCUCUAUGAAAAGCAAGAGCGACAAAAUAAAGAAUCGUAAAUAAAAUAAAACAAUCGUAAUGGAAUCGGGCUAAAAACAAAAGAAUUAAAAUUCUAGCUCAGCGUACAUUAUUUGUUGUAAUAACUUUGUAAAGAACACACACAAUUUGUAAAUGAUUAUUGAAAAGUAUCAACUGUAAAUUUGAUUAUUGAAAAUUAAUAUGAAAGUAAAGCACAUUACGUUCUGUUGUGUGUCGAACAAGCAAGAGAA